GUUCGCCCCAGAAAUUAUGGCGGUCGCCAGAAGGUUGAGGCGUCUGUUGUGUCUGGGAAGAUGGAGUUGCCAGCCUGCAGGAACCCCGUUGUCCCGGGCACUUGCUGAUCUUAUUCCCAGAGUGUCCCAGGAGAAUGAUAUAUUAGAUUUCCUGGGGAAGAGACCACAUCGUAAGCACCCAGGCAUCUUACUGUUGCCCCAAGUGAAGCUGCCACAAGCCCUGGUCACUGCAGCCCAGCAACUCGUGCAGGAAAGCUCUAUACCCAACAUAGAGAAGCAGGUUCAGACACUCACCAACUACCUGUGGAGUAGGAAGCUUCCUACAGAACCUGAGGAGCUGCGCAAAAAAGCAAUACAGUUGGAAAAUAAACUCCAGGAUACAGAGUCAUUACAGUCAGAGAAACAGCUUCGUGGAGCUGUGUUGAGUGCCCUACGCAAAACUACCUACCAUUGGCAAAAACUGAGCUAUGAUGAAAGGCUGAGCUUGGUAUACAUGGCAGCACGACUUGAUGGUGGCUUUGCAGCUAUAUCCAGAGCUUUCCAUGAGAUCCAAGCUCGUGUUCCAGAUUUUAAGCCACAAACUUUAAUGGAUUUUGGCUCAGGCACCGGUUCUGUUACUUGGGCUGCUUAUAAUACCUGGGGCCAGAGCCUUCAUGAAUAUUUGUGUGUGGACAGCUCAACUGCCAUGUUGGCCUUGGCAGAAAGGCUUCUGAAAGGUGGCUUAGAUUCUGGGAAACCCCAUGUUCCAGGAGUCUUUUUUAGACAGUUUCUCCCAGUCUCACCGAAGAUACAAUUUGAUGUGGUGGUGUCUGCUUUCUCUCUAAGUGAGUUACCCAGCAUGGCUGAUCGAACCGAAGUCGUCCAAACUUUAUGGCGUAAGACAGGUCAAUUCCUGGUUUUGGUGGAGAAUGGAACAAAAACUGGACAUCGUCUCCUCAUGGAUGCUAGGGACCUAGUCCUUAGAGGACCAGAGAAAUCUCCCUUGGACUGUCGACCUGGACAUGUCUUCGCUCCAUGCCCCCAUGAACUUCCCUGCCCCAAGCUAUCUGCUUCCCAGCCCCAGGCCUGCAGCUUCUCCCAAGCAUACAGCACCAUCCCUUUUAGUUGGAAUCAUAGUCAUAAGGAAGAGAAGUUCUCUCUGGUGAUCCUAAGCCGGGGCCUUCAAGGGGAGGAUCACCGAUGGGCCCGUCUCACCCAGCCUGUCCUCAAACGGCCACGCCAUGUGCAUUGCCACUUGUGUUGUCCAGAUGGGCAUGGCAGACAUGUGGUGGUUACUGCCCGACGACAUGGCAGACACUUAUAUCGCUGUGCUCGUGCUAGUGCCUGGGGAGAUCGCUUACCUUUCACCACUUCACCUGAGUUUCCUCCAUCCACUGUUCAAGAUCCUCCUGACAACUGACAAGAGAUCUUAGGAGUAGUUGGCUGACACCUUCCAGUUUUUGCCAUCCCUGCCAAAAAUGAAGCAUCCAGACAUUCAUGAUAGGGGUACCAAGUACCCUCUGACUUUUGAAUUGUAUAAAAUUUUAUUUUUUUUAAAUAGAAAAAAAGAAUUAGUGUUGUGAUUCUUAGCAGGAAAGGAUUCAGGGUUUCCUUCAUUGAAGUUUUGAUCUACCAUUAUAAUAAAAUCUAAUUCCAGGGCUCUUUGUAUUCUGACCUAGUCCUCAGCCCAUCCUAAUAUUGCCCCUUGUACAAGAAUUACUGCUGUCCAAGGGAAGCCUGUUUGGGAGUAGUGGGAAAACUGGAUGACAAGAGCCACCCCCAGCUCUUCUGAAAACUGGCUCAACAGGUCUUAAUGUAGCUAUUUGGGUAGCCUACCUAGGGAAACCAGCAACCACCUCUUCUGUCCUUUCUCCCCUUUUCUCUUCUCCCAUUGCCCCUCCUAAGGUUCUUCAACCACAUCAGAGCUUUCCUUAGCUGUCCUAUUUAGACUUGAACCCAAGCUAAGAGUCAGGGCUCAAUCCUUUCUCAAGCUCCACUCCAACAUUCUCCAAGCUAGUACAUUUUACUCUAGUUGGUUAAAAUCUCCAUCAUCAGGCUUCGUUAAAUCUCAGUACCAGCUAUUACCUUUACCUUGAAGUUUAUAGCCACUUAGGUUACCUUAGCCCCACCCCCCCCUCAAAGCGAGUACAAGAAGAGGGAGGGACACUGUUAAUGCAGUGGUCCCAUAAAUCUUGUGUUGUUCUCCCCCCCAAAAAAAAAUUCAUUCUGUGCUGAGAGUUAAUUGUCUGGGGUUGCAGGUAAGGGGAUCGGACCUCUCAGUUCCCACAGCAUGGCAAAGCAGAAAGCCCUAGCCCUACCUUCUUUUGCCCCAACUGGCCCCAAAUCCCCUUUGAAAGGGUGCAGUUCGGGUGUCAGAUACGGCAGCCUACAAAGCAAGGGGAUUGAGUAAAAGAACAUGGAUGGUUUGGAUUGAGUAUCCAGAGCAAGGAAAGACCAGGCUUUUGUCCCCAGUGAGAAGGGGGUAGGGGCUACUCGGCCAUAGAGCAUGCCUUCUCCCAUUAGGCUAACCCUAGAGGUGAGCUCAUGCAGUUCUUUGUCAACCUAAGGAUUAGUCAGCCACGAGGAGGAGGAGAGACACACAGCUCUGGGCAGUGUCUGGCAGGGAGUCUGGA